AUGGAGACACACGUGGACAAAGUAAAGAGUGGUAUGUCGAAGGGAGAUGGAGAGGGAAUGGGAGGGAGGGGAUUCCAAAGGCAGUCACAGCGUUACUGCGAAAAUGCUGACUUUGGCGACGACAUGAUGGGCAACGAUCAAUGGAGGGUUGAACAAAGGGGAGGAAAAGAGAGGGGAGGGUGGGUGGGAAAAGAUUUGCGCCACGAUUUGCAAAAAAGAACACACAGAAGGAACGAGAACCGGAGCACAGCGGAAGCGAUUUUCCUGUCCGACAUCGAGGGAUCGGAAGGACGGAGGGUUGGGGAGCGGGAUAAUGGAAAAAAGAGGAGGAGGAGGUUUGAUUCCGAUUUGUCGUCGAUCUCCGUGCGGAAACGUCGCAGGUAUACUGAUAGGGAAAUCAAUCGGUUUCAGAUGGAAGUUUUGAAAGUGGGUUUAACUUGCAUGAAGCUUGCAAGAGAUUCUGCAUUCUAG